AUGCAGCGAGAGCUGUCUACAUUCCCUUUGGCUCCAAAUUAUCUGCGCAAAUUGUCCGCUGCGGGGUAUAUGACCGCUGAUGACGUUAAAGAUGUCACUCCCACUGAAUUGAGCGAAGGCAAGUUGACUGCAUUAUCCUGAGUUAAUAAGCUUAUCUCAAACAGUUAAUCUAACUGUAGUUUGUUGUGUCUUUUUUGCCCAUUUUUAACAAUUUUAGAUUAUAAAUAACAUUUAAAAGAUUAUGAGGAACUUUUGCAGACUGAAUAUGAAAGACUGCUGUCUGAACUGUCUCAGGCUAGUCCCGGUUGUUUGAAAAGUGUUAUGUUGCUAUCAACUAAAUAAAUUUGUUUCCACUGAAUAAUAGCUGUGGUCACACUCCAGACUUUUUACCUAGGUAAACACGACUUGUUGACAGUUUACCUUGGGAAACUUGAUUUUUUAAGUGUUACCGAUUUUUCCCUAGGUAACUUACCUCGGGGAAAUUUUAGCGUCUGGGUCUUGGAUAUGUCUCUAAAACAAUAGAGUUUACCUUGACAGCUACCCCAAAGCAAUAGCUAGGGAAAAAUGAAAUACCGAGGUUGCUAGCCAAUAGACGCUCAUCGGCGAAGGUCUUGAUGACAGAACUGGACUUAGAUCAUGCCAUGAAAGAAAUUUUGGGAGCACGAGUCGUCUACGUCUUCGCCUUUCUUCACCUUGCACAUUGAAUUAGCAUAAGAAAUAACAGCGCGAUAAAAGAAAAAAACGUCUCUUUGAUCAACUAGAUCCCUGCACAUUUUGCCUUCUUGAAUUUACACUCCAAAAAAUUCAACUGGCCUGAAAACUUUGGGAGCCGAUAUCAGUAGUGUGACCUUCCCAGAAUUUUUACCUAGGUAAAACAAAACCCGAGAUGAAUUUACCUAGGCAGAUUUUUGAUGAAUUUGCCCUAGGUAAAUUGGUUUUACCUAGGUAAAAGUCUGUAGUGUGACCACAGCUAAUGCAGUUGCUCUCCCUAACACUUAUCCACUGGAAAGUGAUUCAUCUAGUGGAUAACACUAUUCAUCUUUUGAAACAAGUGGGAUCUGGUCUAUAUUGAGGCCUUGUUAGGGUAAAAUUUCGACAACUGACAUUCAUAGCCUUGAAACAGAGACAUAAGACCAGAUGAAAUGGUGAUAGGCAACAUAAUGAUGGGUUAGAUACUGACAGGGGCAUGGCCUACUAUUCAGAUUGCAAAACAAAUGAUUUGAAAUUCAGACUAUAAUGUAGGUUGUUCUUAAAAUCAUUUCUACACAAAAUUAAUUCCAUAUACUAAUAGCAAAUUACUUCUAUCACUGAUGUAGUUUGGGGAUAACUAGCAGAAUUCCUGGCCACUUUUAAGUUGUACCCCAAACUUGGAUAUGAUGUGUAGCAGAAACUCUUGGUUCACAUUUUCUUUCUUUUUGCCACAGUGUCGAGACAGCACAGAGAGCAAAAUAUAUAGAGGAUAUUACAUGGCUGCGCAGAGAUACGAAAUUUCUCUUCGAGUGUUGAAAAAUAUCAAGUGAGCGCAGCGAAAGAGUGAAAUGUUUUCAACAUGAGAAGAGAAAUUUCGUAUCUCCAAGCAGCCAUGCAAUGUUCUAUUUAUUAUAAUUAUAAACACCAAUGAAAUACCAAGCCAUUUCACUACAACAGUUUUUUCCUGCGAAAGGUGCGAUUUAUUAUGUAGCCAUAGCAAUGGUGAUAUUUUCACAUGUGAAAAUGACAUGUUAUUUUCACGUGUGAAGAUAUCAUGUUUUCGCGCGAAAGCUCACCUGGUAUUUCAUUGGUGUUUAUAUAAUAAAGCAAGCUCUUUCCAAGGCUUAAAGUAAAUAACUGGCAGAUGCUGGUUUUGUUGUCAGGUCAAACUUAAUAGACCUCUUUGGCUUGUAUGUUUUGUUUUCCCAAUAACAGUUCGAGGGGAAAUUCAUCCUUUGUCUUCUCUUAAAUUAUGUGUACAUAUGCACAGGAAUAAGAUAACAUUUGAAUGAAACAGUUCUACAGUAUUAUCACGUGACCUCCUUUGGAAAGAAAAAACGUACAAGCUAGGGGUCUGUUUUGCUCAAAUAUGACCCAUUUUUGGCUAGUCAUAUGUUAUAAAGAAAGAGCUUUAGGAUUACAAAGUACAAUAGCCCUUGCUGUGCUCUUUGUCAGUGUAGACAUGCAAAAAAAAAAACAACGGGGGAACAGACAAAAGACAGGUAAGGGAAAAGUCCAUGUCUCCGACUCUUCCCUGCACCUACAUGAUUUUCAUGUAACUUUUCUUGAACCUCUUUCCCUACUAUCCUGGAUACCGGAAAAGGCUAAAUGUAGGAAUGAAAUAACUUGCCUAAAAUAAAGAGACAAAUGUGGUAAAGACAAACUAACCUACCGAAAUAAGUGGUAAGAUAGCAAGACUUUUGCCUUAUGAGGAGCCAUUAGCAUAAAAAAACAACAGAAAACAAAAGAUUAAUGUGGUACAAAGAAAACUGACACACACAAAGUCAGUAGAAAAACAAGACUUAAUAAUGUACAAAUGAAGUAUUUUACAGCUUGCUCAUCUUUGCCAACAGACCUAGGAAUAGACAAAGAGGAAGGCCUAAAGAUCAUCCAAACAAUAAGGAGUUCAACUGAGUCAGCACAGUUGGCAACUUCAAAGUCAGGUCGGACCACUGGGAAAACUGUGUCAAAUGUCAUAUUGGGAAGCAAAAAUGCCUAUGACCUUCUACAACAAGAACAAUCAUCAGGAAGCAUUGUUACUUUCUGUGAGCAGCUUGAUGACAUGUUAGGUGGCGGGGUUCCAGUGGGAAAAAUCACAGAAUUCUGUGGGGCCCCUGGAGUAGGGAAAACACAGAUAGGGUAUGUUUUAACAAGAAAAUGCUUUGUUGACAAUUUGCCAUUGUACAAACAAGACAGGAACUGGAGCAGAAAUGUGUCCCACAAUAUUGUUUCUGGGAUUGACACUGGGGACGCACCCGUCAGCUAUUUGCCAAUCCUGUAGUAUCAGUCCCAGAAGUUAACUUGGCUCACUGUUUCUUUCUCGUUUCUAAAGUGGCUAAUUACCGUAAAUUUAAUUUUGUUGGAAUUUUUGAGACAAAAUUGUUCUUCCCUUGAGAACUCAGACUGUGUCCUCUCUGGGAUCUGACAGUCUGAACCGGUCCUAAGAAUUUUUUUUGUAUUGUCAAGUUGGUCUAAAAAGAGCUGCAAAUAACAGUCAGUCUUUAGACAACAGUCAACUAUCACUGGCCCCCUGUUAAUAACGGACAUGAUAUCUUCACAAAGUUAUGCAUGUAUGAUAUAUAAUACCGAAGAAUUUCACUUUGAAGAAUGAAAUCUGCCUUGAGCAAAGGAGAAUUAUUGUCAUACUUCCUACUGAAAUAACGUUUUGGUAUUGACUAUUUGAGUUGACUGUAAUCAGUCUUCCUGCAAAUCCUACAUUUACUAUGCAUAAUUUGUUUUAAAGAUGCAAAAUUGCUCCCUUGUUGACUUAGUUUGACAUACUCAUUGUUCAUCUACAAUAUGGGCCUACGUAUGGGCCUGUAUCUUUCUCUCAGAAGAUUUCCCACUUUAUUCCCCCCCCAAAAUAGUUCUUUUGUUUAGUCAGGAUGCUGGCUGGAUAUUGGACUGUCUUAAUUUUCCUGUUUUAUUAACCUAAACUUUAUCUCAGCCCAUAAAAAUGCAAAGCACAAACUGCAAUGUAUAGUCUUGCCUGAAUAAUUAUCAGGCCUUCCUAUUAAAUAAAAGGGGCUAGGCUAGGGGAGAGGAGAUUUUAGGUGGGGGAGGGGAGAGGGGGAAGGUUUCUCUCCUUUCACUCUCUCCCUUUUUCACUUCUAUCUUCCCCCUUUCCCCCCACCCCCAAGAAAUGCCUGAUACUCAGGCUACCUGUAUGUAUAGCCAAUAUCCAGCCAUCUUGACCUCACACGUGGUUGAUAAUGUAUGCUCAAUAUUAUAGUUUCAUUACAGUACCUCAUAAGGUCAGCAGUUAUUGGCAUCGUUUUUGAGUUUAUAGAGCAGUUUCUAAAUUUGUUUAGAUGUUUGUGAUUUUAAAUUUUAUGGUUGUUUUUAUUCUUUUGUACAAAGCAAAGUAAAGAUUUCCAAGUUUGAUACCUCUAGUCCAAAUCAUUGAUGAAUUUCAGCAGGAAAGUCUUCAAUGGCCUUGGUACUGGUUGGUCUCAAGCUUUACGGUUGAACCUCUCUACAACGUGCACCUUGGGGACAGAAGAAAGUGGCCAUUGGAGACAGGUUGAAACAAGAGUGAAUGUAUGGACUGUCUGCCAAAAACAAAUGGCCGUUGUAGAGAGGUGCCCAUUGGUGGAGGUUCGACUACAAUUAGAAAAGAGAUAAUUAAGCCAUGGUUGAAGGGAAUUUUUCUUUUUUAUUGAAGAAUGCAGCUUGCAGUGGAUGUACAAAUACCAGAUGAGUUUGGAGGACUUAAUGGAGAGGCAAUUUAUAUUGGUACAUGUAUUUAUAAAUACUAAGCAGUAAACCAAAUGUUCUAUUGGCUUACCAAGGUAUUAUUCCCUGGGCUUGUCUCACAACUUCCAUAGUGUGUCAAAGUGUGUUAUAUUUAGUUUUGGCAUUUAUCAUGCCAUUAGACCUGUAGAACAUUUGGUCUAUUUGAUUGCUUUAAUAUUAUUAUCAUAUUACAGUAAGUUACUGUUACAAUGAUGUAUUUGUGUUAACUGGUUCCAAUAACAGAAUGUUUUCCUGGAUCUAAUCAAUUGUAGCAUGAGUUCGUAACUUAAUAAAAAAUUCAGUUCCUGAAGUAUUUUGCAAACACUCUCUUUAUUAAGUAAAGAUGAGAUAAAGAAACUAAUUCAAGGCUAAAAAUAAUCAGGUGACUAAUCCAUUUGGACCAAUCAGAAUGUGGGCAAGCAGAUCUUGCUGACGUCUUCUUAAGUUAGUAAUAUUAGGGAUGAAAAACCUUAGCUCCAAAAUGAUAUGCUUUCUCAUUAAUUUCAUCUGAUGUCCAGUCCGACGGCAAAUAGACAGUGGGUAAAUUUUUCGUAAAAUUGGAUGUUGUCUGGUGAUCCAUUGUCAUUUGCAGGUCUGUUUAUAUAUAUAUUUAUUUAUUUUAUUUACCAUGUAAAGCCCAAGAUUCAAUACUGAAUUUAAAGGACUGCCUUGUAUAUGCCUUGUAUAAAAUUAGGAUCAUUAGUGUAUGCAAAAUACAGAACAUACAGUACACACAUACAGGUGUAUGUACAUGACCAUGUAUGUGACUGUUAUUGUGUGGAUUUCACCGCAGACACUGAGGGGAGCUUUAUUGUUGAGAGAGUUUUAGACAUAGCAGAUGCAGCAGUCAAACACAUGCAGCACAUAGUUCAAUCUGCUGAUAUGGAUGAAACAGGUACAAUCAGCUGAUUUUGAUUUGAUUUUUCUGUUCUAAGAAUAAGCUUAUAAAUUAGAUGAGGAAUUAAAAACACUAAUGACAAAGCUGGUGUACAGACUGUAUGCAAGGGUUUCAGGUUAAAUAGCCUUAAGGAUGUUUUCAUUUGAACUCUAGAGGCAAAAAAAUUUCUUACUAACAAACAUCAAUAUUCUUUUGAAGAAUAUUUGGUUUAGAUGUGUGUCCGUCUGUUACUUUUCAACAAUUUGUCACCUGAAUAAUAUAUCAAAUAAAUCUAUAAACAGCUUUUUAAUCUUCAUUCUUUCCAAUUUGUAGUUUACUAAUUUGCCACUUAAGAAAUGAAAAGAAACUGGACAGAGUUAACUUUUGCAAAGACUUCUGGGAUUGUUACUGGGGACAGGAAAACAAUUGGUCGAUAGCUGACCGAUGCGUCCCUGUAAGCAAUCCCAGAAGUCUUUGGGAAAAUUAACUUGGUGCAGUUUCCUGCUCAUUUCUAAAGUGGUAAAGAAACAAAACUAUGCCAUCUCAUUUGAAAACGGUAGCCUCCUUAACCCUUUAAACCCUAAGGUCAAAAUUUGAAUUCUCAUUUGUUGCCUCAUUUCCUACAGAAGUAGUGGGGAGAAGAUGAUAAAAUAUCAAGCAAAUUCAUCUUUUUUGAUCUUGUGUGUAAUUCUCAUUACCACUCUGUUUUACAAAGCAUUGAUAUUACAAGGAGAAAUUUGAUGCUUAUCACUCAUGUGACUUAAAGGGUUAACCCUGACUUAAAUAACAAUAAUAAAACCACACAGGUUUGCUUGGAUUUUCAUUUCUUUAAUGUUUCUUUUUUUAUUUUCCGUUUUUUCUUUCAUUUGUCUUGGACAGAGAGAUCUCUACAAACCGAAGCUAUGAAAACGUUCCAAGUUGAAAACAUCUUGUCCAAGAUUUAUGUGUUUAGAUGCCAUGACUACAUGCAGUUAAUAGCACUGUCACAUGUUUUACCAGAGUUCUUGGCAGACCACUCCAAGGUAUGUUUAAUAGUCAGUCAUAGUGGAUAAACCUUGUCAACUCCCAAACUACAGUGGGGGCACUCCCGAUCAUGGCCUAUACAGGCAGGCUCUGUCCAAAAGUAGUACCUUUUUCUACCUUUGAGUGUAUCAAAGGAUAGGGAAUUCACAAGAAGAAGGAUAUGAAAGGGUGGCUACCGGUAUAUUAUUUUAAUUAUGAAUGUUACAUGAAAAUUGCAGAAAAGGUCCUGUUUUUAUAAUAUUAGUGAUUUAAAGGGAUACCAUUUUUGAAUAAAAGGUACACGAAAAGAACACGUUUUCUGUGAAAAAUAGUAUAAAGAGUGAAAGCGUCGGGCAAAGCCUCCCCAUAUAAAACUUUGUUGAGUAGCUCCCCCCGUGCAUCAAUGCACCAAGGCAACGACAGCAGUGAAAACGUGAUUAAUAAUUUUUGUUAUGAUUCCAACCACUCAAUUUAUUAAAUAUUGGUGAAAUUGUAGGGACCAAAGGCAAGCCAUUUCCAUGUUGUAGUGCUGUCAGCCUCCUUUUCGAAACAAGUGCAGGUGCAAAAUAUUUGAUAUAAAAAUACAGUAACGGCCACCUUGGGGACAAAAGAAAGUGGCCUUUGUGGAGAGGUGGCCGUUGCACCAGGGAUUUUUAUGUUGUAGCUGUUUAUUUUCCCGUACAAAUUACAGGUGAAACUCAUAGUAGUAGACAGUAUUGCCUUCCAGUUCCGCCAUGAUUUUGAUGAUCUCGCGUUAAGGACGAGGCUUCUAAAUGGUUUGGCACAGAGUUUUAUCAAGAUGGCUUGUGAAAAUCAUCUAGCUGUAAGUAAAGAAAUCCAUGAAGUGAAUAACUAUUUCUGUUUAAACAAGUAAUAACUUAUGUAGUUCAAAAGUCUAACCGUUUUUAUGGUGAUAACGGUGACGUUUAUGAUUGAGACGGUAAUGAUGAUGAUGGCGAUGGUGAUGAUGAUGGCGAUGGUGAUGAUGAUUAUGAUGGUGGUAAUGAUGAUGAUGAUGAUGGUGACAGUGUUGACGCUGAGAGGUGAUGAAGAUAUGAUAAUGGACUGCAAAAAUUAGUCGUUUGUCCAUGUAUGUCGUCUAAGUGAGUGCUAAAAUGGUACCUUUUACGGACGUUUUAGCUUCGUUCCCGAUGCACACCUAGCCCUGUGCACUGUGAGCGCAGCAAUUGAAAAACACGACAGUUUGUCAAUCCACCCUAAUAACAGCUAAGUAAAUCAAACUGAUUUUGCUUCCUUCAGGUGGUUUUUAUGAACCAGAUGACCACACGCGUGAAAUCCACGCAGCUUAGUCAGUCGCACCUUGUACCAGCGCUAGGUGAGCUUAUUGUUAUUCCUCAGUAUUGCAUUGCGCAUCCUACGUUAUAGUAUGGCGGCUUUUGCCUCAAGGCGGAAGCUAACCAGAAAGGUAAAUCUUCAUUUUCUCUGAAACGAGUAUGGCGACCCAUCAUUUUCAUGUCGGCUCUCUCUCUUUUUUUUGUUCAAUUGAACAUUGAUAUUCUGCCUGCCAGUUCCAUGUGCAGAAAAGUAUACAACAUUCAACAGCUAGAAUGUCAGUGUAUAUGAAUUUCAAUGUUAGUUGUGUGAUGCAAAAUUAAUUGAUAGAUAGCCUAUUAUAAAGACCAUUUCAGCCAUAGGCUGAAUUACGGGAUAUUUACAAAUACUGAUUAUAACAAAGAGAAAAUAAGAAAAUUAUCUACAUCUUAUAGACAUCGCUAAAAAUAAAACUUUUCUUCAAACGCUCGGUUUUACGUAGGGGGAGAGUGAAAUCACUUUUGCGUCUCAGUGCAUAUUUACAACUCUUCCUUUGGGGGAGGAGGCUAUGGAGACUGUGGGUGGGGUUACAGACGAUCUCGUCAAACAGAUCGAUUGAAAUCUUUUCUCUCCUCUCAUGAAGUUUCGGUAGGCCAACUGUUUCCAGUACUACACUAUAUGACAGGUCAGGAUAGAUGAUUCUGAAAGCCCUUCUUUGGAUCCGUUCCAAAUCUUCACUGAUGUAGUUUGGUAGAGAACGAUGGAAUACAGGACUUGCGUAUUCCAGGACGGGCCUAAUACAUGUCACAUAGAAUUGCACCAGUUCACUUGGUGCCACUCCGGAUCUCUUGAGUUGACGUAAAAAAAAAAAGACGAGAGGAACAUUUUCUAAUAAGUUCAGAGGAGUGCAUGUUCCACUUUAAACCGUGGCUAAUGGUCACGCCUAGCAAUUUGGCACCGGUGAAGGGGUUUGCCAUUUAGGACUAGGGGUUCAAAAUCGUGGUUGCUGUUGGAGAAUCCAAUUCGAAGUACUUUGCACUUGGCCUCAUUCAGUUGGAACCCAUCGAGACUCGCUUGUCUCGAAAGGUCACACGGAAAGGAUACACGUGCCACCAACUUCAUCAACGUGUAAGGAAGAGAAACAUUCGGUAGUUGGCAAAAUCCUCAAGAAACGCCGAACGAAACUAGAGUGUUUGAUUUUCGAGAUGUUAAUCAUCCGACAUAUAAGAGCCUCGCUUAACACUCAAGCGGACUCCAUUCGUGCGAAAAUCUUUAUUUGAUUGUUAUAAUUAUGCCCAACCCAUGACCCUUUGUCCUUUUUUCCAUGCACUUUUCGCACUUUCUUUUUCUAUACUGAAAUAUUUCAAAGAAUCUUGUUAAUAAUUCUUAUCUUUUUGUAAUGAUGACAAAAACCUUCAAAACGUCAAGUUUCUUCUAUAUCGUUGAUUUCUGUUUUAAAAUUAUGAUAUUGAUUUUCUUUUCUCUCCACAGGUGAAAGCUGGGGUCAUGCUAGCACCAUUCGAAUUGUUUUGUACUGGGAAGACAAUCAGAGGUAUGACGGACUUUUAGUCUGUUAAAAAUGAACGAAAUAGAGAGAUCUAUCAGAAGUGGUUAAUAGGACGUUGCUGUCAAACGAUCGCGAAUUGUUACAUCUCAGUAUCAAGCUGAGAAUCAUGGCCAGAGCUACUGUUAUUGUUUUAGGUCAAUUUCGUUUGGUUCGUUUUUUCCGAGUUCAGAGUCUUUUUGCUUUACUGACCACAAGCUGUGAAACUUGAAAGGGGUCGAUACAGAUGUUUGUUAUUCCACUAUUAAGUAAUUUUACCAUAUAAGGUCAAGAGAACAAGCAAAAUACGAGGCAGUAAUACACCGUAGUGUCCUGGUUUAACCGGUUUACAACAGGGCGAAUACCGGCGGAUGCAAAAGGAGCAACUGUGGCUGACAGAGUCAGGAUGUUUUGGAUACCCUCUUUAGAAAAUAGAAGCCAAAAUACCAUUUUUCUUUUGCAGUAAAAUAAUUAACCUCUCAUUCAAUGGUUUGGCAUAUAAUACGCGCGAACAUUUUGCUAAUUGUUAACGUCAUUCUCACAGACAGAAUCAGGAUGUCUCUGAAUACUCUUGCCAAAAAAUAGAAGCCAAUUGCCAGAUAAUUUUUUUUUGUAGUGGAAUAAUAAACCUCUUAUUCGAUGGUUUAGCAUAUAAUACGAGCGGACAUUUUGCUCAUUGCUCGUAUUUUUCCUCGCCCCUGCGGGGCUCGGAAAAUACUACGCAACUCGCAAAAUAUCCGCACGUAUUAUAUGCUAAACCAUCGAAUAAGGUGUAUAUAUCCACAUAUCCUAAAGUCACCUUCAUAUUGAAAUGGGUAGCAUAACCGUCUUACACUGAUAUGAGGGAACUUGAGAUGGAGACGUUUUCGGGGCGACGGCGACCGGACUGGCAGAGAAAGCCUGGAACUAAGGCAGCCGUCGCUCGCGGUCAGAAAUAGAACAUUAAGAUCGCAGUGAACUCAGAAGGACGGCGCCUUUAAUUAGAAGAAUACCGAAGAGGAAAAUAUGGCUUCACAUAAAGAAGUAAGAGAAUAAAUAUUUGCUAUGCAGAAAACAUGUAUCGGAUGAAGAGUUUCUCGUUUUGUGGGAAAAUUAUGAGUCCAAAAAUCCCGAUUUUCCUCUGGACAGUUACGAUCCGUUCACGCUAAAAAACAUGCGGGAUGCAGCUGAGUUCAAGGCAGAAUUUCGUGUUGAAAAAAAAUGAUCUCCACAGGCUUGCCGAAGCCUUGCAAAUUACAGGAACAUUAAAAUGCUACCAAGGAACCGUAUUCUUAGUUUGGUAUUGAAAUAAUUCCCGGGAAAUACUUGCAUGCAACAACAACAACAACGGCAACAACUUUAUUUCAGUAUUCCCACGCCGAGUUAGUACAUGGUAUUACCUACUAUUCUAUAUAAUUUUCAAUGCGUUUCAUUUAUACGAUAUUCUAACGAAAAGAGCGAACUAAAACACACAAUUGAAAUAUCGGAGUUCAUAUUUUUUGUCUGGAUACUUUUAUUUGGCUCGUGGGAAAAUUCUGUCCCAUGUCCAGCUCACUUACGGUUGGCUGUUUGCCAAGUUGGAUCUUGACCCUGUGACAUGAAAACAUAGAAACAUUCAAAGAUGUAAGUUUAGAUAACAGAGCUUGGAAAUCGAGCUUGAAAUGUGCCUCAAAGAAAACAAGGACAAUUUAAGAACGAUAAUCUGCAAAAUGUUGGUUGCUAAACGCAACAAACCUGAUUGAAAUGAAAGUUAAAUACUCACGUUUUCGCCACAACGCCAAACAGACCAGUUUCACGUCGCCGACGGGACCACGACGGCAAGGUGGUGAGCACGAGCGUGCGCAAUAUCCAACAAAUGAUGAUGUCACGUCCGGUUGAAGUUGCCGUCGCCCCGAAAACGUCUCUAUCUUAAGUUCCCUAUGGAUGACUAUAAGCGUGCUGACAUCUCUAAACGUGCUUUCCUGGCAUGUCAGUGUGCAGUGUGUAGUCCUAUCAAUCACGCCAGACUCAACUGUGUCUUGUUACGGACCUCGCUAAACGAGAGUUGACGAUCUACAGCUCGUGAGGACUUUUGAUCCUCGGUCAUUUUUCAUUCUCUCAUUUAGUGAUGGUUGUUCUCUUCCCAACAGAUUUGCAAACUUAUACAAGUCGCCUUCACGCCAGGAAACGACAUCAGUUCCUUUCCAAAUUACGGUACAGUUAUUUUAGUUCUUAUUCUCACUGCUCCUCCUAUGGUCUGGGCUUAUAAAGUGAUAUUAUACGGGAAAUUGUCCAUACAGUCGAGCCUCUCGGUACGGACACCUCUCUAAUAACGACACAGUCUGGCUGAUGAGCUAUGCAAGGUGAUAUAAAGCCCAGUCGCUGUAUACCAAACAACAAUUUGUGAAAGGUGUACAGAGGAACAUAAGCGACUUUUUGAAGGCUUCAGUAACUACAGAUAGUUUAAAGAUCUUUUCUAUUACAUUUUGUACGCUAGUUACUGUUUACUGCACUUGCAAAAUAGCAAAAGACGCUUUCAGAAUUGUGCUUUACGUUACAACUUUUUACUUACAGCAUUGUGCUGUAGCUCGUUUCGUUUUAAAACAGAGAUUUGUCUACGACUGUCAUACUUUGUAGCUGAGAUGUGCAAUGUUGUAUGCUACUGAAAGACAGUGUCUUUGUACUGUGAAUUUAAAUGCAGUUUAAAGACGAGUGUUAGCCUGGUUUUAGUUACUGAACGCAUGAAACUGUAAUUGGAGUCAUAAAAGUGACGUCAUCAAAGUGACCUCUUUUAUGCGGACACCUCUCUAAAACGAACCCUUCGCUCUGUCCCUUCGGUGUCUGUAUUAGAGAGGUUUGAGUGUAUAGUCGUUAGUACUGUCAGUUUACCUCCAAGUAAAGAAGCAGCUCUUAAAAAAAAUCCUUAAUACUUCGGUCUGUGUGAAUCACUCGAUUCGGUUACUUGCGAACUGAUUUUGUGUUAGUUAUAGCUUAUUAAGAAACAGCUGCAGCCUGCGGCAUAAUCGCGAACGGAAAAAUAAAGUAUUUUCCAUUUGCACAUCUCCUAUAAACACCUUGUUCGCCUGCUGCCCAAAAAUGCAUUGUAUUUUUAUUUCUGUUGGGUAUUAAUUAUCGUAGUCCCAAGAAAAUUUGAAGUCAAUGUUUAUGCAGUAUACAAUAAAAAGGGUGUAUUACGGGAGAUGUGUAAAUGGUAAAUUACAAGCCGGAAUUUAAAAAAAACUGAACACAAUUACUUAUUGGUUACAGUCAUGAAACAGUAACAAAACCGAACAAGAUGAAGGUAACGUAAAUAAAAUGACCAGUAUGCGUUUUCUUGCUUAAAAAAAUUUUCCUUAGGGUUUAUUUCCAGUGACGCGUUUUUGGCUACGCACGUUAACGCACGUAAAUAAAAUAGAGGCAAGAUAUAAAGUGUUGAGAUUAAACGUGAAGUUGAGCGAGGUGCUACUUUUACGCUUACGUGCGACCUUUAAUACAUUGCCUCUAUUUUAUUUGUGAACGUAAAUUUUACGCACGCACGUAAAAAUUACGCGACAGUGGAAAUAAACCCUUGCUGAUCAUUCGUUAUUAUCAUAUUGCUUUUCUUUUGUCUCGUUUUAGGAGGGUGGAGUGCGGGACUACUUUGCAAACUGCACAGAACUGGAAAGUAAUGAUAACGUUGAUAGUGCGCUGGCUCAAGAACAUCACCAGAAUUCACCUCGUGACACUCUAAUGACGCGGAAAAGGCGGUUUGAAGAUCUCACGUAG